GUGGUGUGGUCCAUUUUGGACCAAUAUAAGUUGUUUUGGUUCCUCAUCUAGUCAACUCCUGUCAAGGGCCGGCUGCAGUCAACACGGGUUGGGAUGUGUGUUGCUAGUUGUCUGAGAUGUGUUGCCAAGAUGCUGGUCAGCCUAUCGAUUAUCUGCAUCCUUGCCAACAUCCUUCUGCUACUUCCUGGUUUUAACAUCCACUUCCUGCUGGAGGGUCAUGUGACCAGAGAGGCUACCUGGAGCACAGGCAUCUGGAGCUCUGGAAUACUGGUGCUGGUGGGAGCGAGAGCCUUCAUGACCAGCAGUAAGGCCAAAGGAUGCUUUGCCUUCAGAACCCAGAUGUGUUUCCAGCUGAACUACAGUGCCCUGAUCCUGCUGGGUUCGGGGUUUUGCAGCUGGGUCAGUGUGACUGGAUUGGUCAAUGGACCGCUCUGCCUCUACAACACAUCGGCUGGACAAGUCUGGGGAGUCCCUCUACAGCCCUACCCUGACCGCUUCCCAGGCUACCUGUACAACAGGACAAUGUGGGAGGGUGUGUGUGAGAGACCCAGAGGUGUGGUCAUGUGGAACAUGGUUCUCUUCUCUGUCCUGGCUCUCAGCUCCGCCCUGCAGCUCCUGUUCACCACAGUGAACCUCUUCAACCUGCUGCUAGGAAUCCUGCUGGGUGAUACCCAUUCCCGUGUGAAGAAAAGCAAUACUCAAGAAGUGUCAUGAUGCCUUUAUUUUGUUUCUGUUGUUCGAAGCACCGCUAAGAGCAUCGUUAGCCUACUAUAGAGCAGUGCCGCCGCUCCCAUAACGCGCACUACGCGCUGCGCGUAGGGCCUCAAGUCCUGAGGGGGCCCCCCCAAAAAAAAAAAAGGCUGUCUCUGUUUACAAAGUAAAGUGUGUAAAUAUUUGUGCAAAUAGUUUCUGCUUGUAAAUCUUUGCUUCAUAGAAGAAUUGUUCUUACUUGUAUACUUCUGGUUUUAAGUUUGUAUUUAUGGAUAACUAUUUAAUUUAAAAGAUUUUGGACAUUCCAAUACUUGUGUGUACUGUAUGUAUGUUUUGGCUGUUCUGUGAACUGU